AUGUCCAAGAUCGUCACGUAUGCCGAGCUCAAGGAGCACAACAAGAAGGACAGCGUUUGGUUGCUUAUCAGCGGGAAGGUGUACGAUGUGACGAAGUUCCUUGAUGAGCAUCCCGGUGGCGACGAAGUCAUCCUCACCGAAACCUCGAAAGACGCGACUGAAGCUUUUGAGGACGUCGGCCACUCCGACGAGGCACGGGCCCUCCUCCCUGAUAUGCUCGUCGGUGACUUCGAGAAGGACAGCGAGCUGAAAACGAAGGCGCCCCCUUCAGCCUCAAAUGUCGCUGCCGAGAAGGCCGUGCAGCAGGCAUCUAACGCGAUGUACUUUGUCCCCAUGGCCGUCCUCGUCGCCUACUUCGCAUGGAGGUUCUACUCGUAG